AUGAAUCCCCAGUUUCCGUCCGCUCAAUUCCUCUGGAUAAUAUUAAGCACCCUAACCAUCAUCCCCUUCACCGCCGCGGUUUGCGAAUGCGGUUACGUCCUCACGACAACUAACCAGUACUUUACCCACACAUUCACCAACAACUUCACUGCCCUCCCCGACACUACUACCGAAACUAAUCUCACCCGCUCCCUCCCCGACUGGGAAAUCCAAGAAUACAAGUUCCCAGCCGAUAAUAAGACCGGUAUACUGGGCCGCCAGAAUGCCAUGAGCUCUGUAUGGGUCAAGGACGGCUUGCUACAUUUGCUGCAGAAAGGAUAUGAGGCCAAUGACACUGGGCCGGUGCAGGUUGCGGAGAUGCAAAGUAUAAACCAAGACUUUUUUCAUGGAAGUUUCAGGGCGAGGUAUAGGGUUGUGCAGGAUGAUGAGAACGAAACCGAUAUUGAAGUUCUUACUAAAGACGGAGACCGCGCAAUUCACUACACAAAUCACCCAGCAUAUGAAGUCGCAACCGACACAUUAGUUCCAGGCGCUGCCUUCACACACCAACUCACCCGCCCAUGGAAUGAGUUCCACGAACACCGCUUCGACUGGUCUGAGGGCCUCUCCGCUUUUUACGUCAACAACGUAAACGUACUCAAUAUCACAAAGAACGUCCCCACUCACGAAGGAAAAUUAAUACUCAACGUCUGGGCCAACAAUGGCAGUUGGUCCGGCCCCCCAUCCUCAAAUGAUGUAUACAUGGAUGUGGAAUAUAUUAUCAUGUAUUAUAAUACCACUGACUCGGCGGCCGGCAACGACGAAGCCUUUAAUCGGGCCUGUGAGUUCGCAGGCGGCAACGAGCAGCGGGGCACAGUGUGCUAUGUGACGGAUCAAGCGGGUAACAGUAGCGUGGAUUCUGUGAUGAGUUUGGAUGCACCUGUAGAAGAUGCGGCGGUAAGAGUAGGAGGGAUUCAGAUGACAACAUUACUAGGUGUAGUAGCGGCUGUUGUGGUGGUAGUAGGGAUCUUGUAG